CCAGUGUAGGCAUUCGCUAGCGGACCCACUCCUGCUGAGUAUGAUACGGAGGACAUAAUAAGCCGCCAGUGCAAGUCGGGCACUGCCAACCACCAGCAGACCAAGUAACGAACCUCCUGCUGGGUUUCCUGACCGACACCAGCAACCAGCAUCACACGAGUUUGUAACUAGUAGUUGGAAGAGAUGCAACCUUCGCAUGGAAGAUUUAGCUCUUCACGACAACACAUCGCCCCGCCUGAAAUGUUGCAGAAUUGAGGGGUAACUGAGCCCAGCACUCCAACGACCUUCGAUCGACGCGUUAUGGCAGUCCAAUGCAAACCCAUUCCGGCGCUCUACACUGUUUACCUCUUGCGUUCAACAGUCCGCCAUGCCUCGCUCUACAUCGGCUCCACUCCGAACCCGCCGCGCCGGUUGAGCCAGCACAACGGCUUAGUCCGUGGCGGCGCAGCCCGCACAUCGCGAACCAAGCUCCGGCCAUGGGAGAUGGUGGCCCUGGUCUCGGGUUUUCCGAGCAUGACGGCAGCGUUGAAAUUUGAGUGGGCUUUGAACAACCCGCACAUAUCGGUGCAUAUCCCCUCGUCGUCGCGCCUCGCCGUCUCAACGCAAGUCAAGGCCAACGGGCAGCCGCGUCGCCCGUCCAAGAGUCUCACCUCGGUCGUGUCGAACUUGCACCUCCUCCUGCACGUGCCCAGCUUCGCGCGGUGGCCGCUCAAAGUGCAUUUCUUCAAUCGGGGGGUAUUCAACGCGUGGGAAAAGUGGCGCACGACGGCAACCGAGCAGCUGAGGGCGAACUUGGCGGUGGUGACGGAUUUUGGGAGGGAGGCGGCAUCCGGGAAUGAGACGGAGGCGGCACGUGAGGUCAAGGACGGAGGGGGAUUGCAUACGUGGGGGAUCCACGCCUUACCGCUGGACUACGAGCCGAUCAAGGAGUACGUGGCCAAGGGACAAGAUAUUUUCGAAUUUGAGCGCCAGGGGCGAUGCGUGGUUUGCCAGGAGGAGAUGCAGGCGGGCGAAGGUCUCCAGGCGCUCUGCACCAACCAUGGCUGUGACGGGGUCGGCCAUCUCUCGUGUUGGAGUCGCCACUUUUUGGCAGGCGAAUACACUGAGAGCAUUAUGCCGGUUCUGGGUCACUGCCCCAAGUGCUACGGCGUGGUGCUUUGGGGUGAUAUGAUGAGGGAGCUGACGCUGAGGGUCAGGGGUCAAAAGGACGUGGACAAGCUGCUCAAGAGGAAGCGUCGCGGCGGCGCGAACAAGGCUGCUGGUAAAGCUUGAGCAAGGUGAUGUGAUCAGGAUGGAUCCGGUUUACUUUGGCGCGGCGUUUGAGCGACGGCGGGACAACCAUUGCUGACAUCAAGAUACCCACAUACACGCUAUUUCUACUACCUCUUCACAGACAUGCUGCGGUGGGUUUCUUGCUUGGCAAGUGACACUCAAGCUAAUCCAGGUAACAUAUCCGUACAGACUUCUUCAUCCUCCAAGAUUGAUGUGAGACCCAGCGAACCCAAGUU